CGCCAGAGCAUGCGCACUCUCUUGCUCAUCCGCGUCUUCGGCCGCCCCUUCUGCACCCCGGUCCUGGCCGACCGUCCCCCGAAGCGCGUCCUCGAGAUCGCAUGCGGCUCGGGCCUCUGGUCCAGCCUGUGCCACGACUACUUCGCCCGGAAAGGCCAUCGCAAUAUCGCCUUCCACGGCAUCGACCUCAUCUCCCUGGCCCCCGACCUGCGCAAAAGUGGCGUGAACUGGCAGUUUAAGCGACACAACCUUCGCAAACCUCGGUUGCCCUUCCCCGACGAUUAUUUCGACUUCGUCUUCAUCAAGGACGCCGGCAUGUGUCCCUACAGCCCUGCGCAGCAGGCGUCCGGGCUGAGCGAACCCUUGCGCGUCCUCAAAUCGGGCGGGAUCCUGGAAGUCUGGGACUCCGACUGGGUCUUCCGAUCCCUGCUGCCCAAUCCCUCCCCGGCUCGCAAGAUGGCGUCCAAGGAGCAGGAGACGGCGGAGGCCACCGCCACAUACACAUUUUCGCCCGCAACCCCGUUCACGCGAGCGCAGAACAGUUUCCUGCGGGAUUACAACUCGUGGGUGGAGUCGGCGUUCGACAGCCGCAAACUCACGGCCCUGCCGUGUGCCACCAUCGGCCUGUCCUUCAACUCCGAGGUCGACCUGUUGGAGGGCGUCGACAGCCGUCGCAUUGCCAUCCCGCUAAGUGAGCUGCGGUGGGAGCGCGAAGGUCAGGGCAAGAAGGACUCCAGCGGCCGCACGCGAAAACAAUUGACCGCCGAUCAGCUCACCAUCCGGCGCACGGCCCUUCUAACGGUGAUCCAGAUGAUCGAAGGCAUGGAGCCGAUGCUCAUGGAAGCCAGCGGUAAGAGCAGAGAUGAAUGGGAUCGCUGGUGGACCGCCAUGAUGACCGAUCUGUUCCAAAAAGGGGGCCUCGUCAACGGCGAAUGCAUGGAAGUGAGCGCCUGGUGGGGACGAAAGCGGUAACCGUCCGACGUCUGCUCUGUUUCGGUGCCUCCUACUCAUUCGAUUCUUGUUUUGUUCGAUUUUGGUUGCUGGUGGUUUGAAAAAAAAAGGGAGAGGAAAGCGGAAAGCAACGGCCUUUGCUCACUUCAUAUUGGUGAUACCCCGAUUCUCUAUAUUUGUCUUUUCAUGUGUAUAUAUCCCACCUAUCCCGCCCUCGGUGCGACGCUCCUGGCGGCCUUAUUUGUUUUCAUAGCGCUGUUUCAGGGUGCGAUAUCGUUUUAGAUAGUACCUGGAUACGCUUAUCAGCAUCAGGAAGUUCCAGUUGACUGUGCUGUUGGCACAUAAUGACAUGACGCAUAACGAU